AUGAUUGAAUCAUUUAACAUUCAUGAUUUAAAUAAAUUUCGUUUUUCCUUGAGUGAAGAAAGAAUCAUUGAAAAUUUUACGAGCAACAAAAAUGACAAUUUUCUAAAUUCUAUUUCACAUCUACCAGAAGACACAAAGAAUAGUAUACCAAAUCAUUUAAACGGUGAAGAUAUAUCUUUACGAGAUAAUAUAAAAGAUAAAAAUAAUAAUAUUGAGAAAAAGGAUAAUAAUAUUAAAAAUUAUUCAAUUGAAGAUUUAUUAUAUAAAGUAAGGAAUUUAGAAAAUGAAAAGAAAUAUUUAUUGAAAUUUUUAGAAGAUAAAAAAAAUAAAGAGUUAGAAUAUAUGAAGGCAUUAGAAACUCAGGCAGCAAUAGUUAACUCUGAGAAUAAGAAAUCUAAGUAUUAUGAAAAUGAAUGGUUAAAUAUGAAAUCAUUAGAAUAUUCAUUGAUAAAUUCUGGUAAAGCACCGUUAAGACAAACAUUAGAAUUAUUUUAUGAAGAACCUAAUUUAAAUGAAAAAUUGGGAAGUCUCACGAGAACCCAAGAGAUAUUUAUAGCAAACUUAAUAGAAGAUCAUAAAAAUUUAAUAAAAGAAAGAAGCACAAUUUCUAAAAAAUAUCAUGAAGCAGUGGAUGCAAACUUUCAAUUAUAUCAACAAAAUGAAAUGCUCAAAGCACAAAAUUUAAGUCUUCUUGAAAAAAAUAAAGAUAUAAUAGAUGAAGAAAUAGAAACCAAAUUAAAAGCCUUGAAUUCAUCACUUAUAUAUGUUCAAAAAGAAAACAUUGAAUUAAAAGAAAUACUUGACCAAUAUUCCAAGUUAAUAGCUAAUAUAAAGAAAUGUUCAGAAAUGAAUGAUAUUAUGAAAGAAUUGGAUAAAUUUAAAAACUAUCUAUUAAUUUAA